AUGGGUUUCGGGAAGCUUGCUAGCUACCCCAAGCUACUUGUGGCCGCCGAUCCCUCACGACUCGAGCUGGGAACCCUCUUUGUUGGCCUGGCGUCAGCAAUUGCAUCCGGUGUCCCUUUUCCGAUCAUUGGAAUCGUGUUCGGCCAAUUGCUCGAUGAUUUCAACUCAGUGACUUGCGAGCAAUCUACUAGCUCCUCCGGAGGAGACUCGAGCGAUCAAUCAGAAAUUAACAGCAAAAUUCUGUUGAUCGUGUACCUGGGAAUUGCCCAAUUCGUCUUGAUCUACCUCCACCUGCUAUGCUGGACGAUGACCGGUGCGCGCCUGGCGCAGCGACUUCGCGAAAAAUACCUCCAGAACCUGCUCCGACAAGAACCCUCAUUCUUCGAUAACCUCCCCGCUGGAGAAGUCGCCUCCCGACUCAACACCGAUAUUCAAACAAUUCGCUCCGGUACAGCUGAGAAGGUCGGGAUUUGCAUCUCAAGUUUCUCCUUUUUUGUCACCGCGUAUGUUGUUGCAUUCAUCAAAGAUUCCAUCCUUGCCGCGAUGCUGCUUUCCUUGAUUCCCGCGUACUUCAUCAUGUCGUUUGUUGGGAGUCACUAUAUCGAGAAAUACACUGGGCGCAUGUCGGAUUUCGCUGCUUCCGCUGCGUCAAUUGCUUCAGAAGCGCUCAACAACAUUGUUGUGGUGCAUGCCUUUGGUGCGAACAAUCGCUUGGAGGAGAAGUUCUCUAAGGCACUCAAGGACUCGGAAACCGAAGGGUUGAAAAAGGCAACUGCUACCGGUAUCCAAGCUGGUGUUUUAUACUUCGUCGCUUACGGUGCAAACGGUCUUGCCUUCUGGCAAGGAAGUAAACAGAUUGCUGAGGCAGUGCGCACAAACUCGGCAGGUGCCACAGUUGGAGCUGUUUUUACUGUUAUCUUUGUCUUGGUCGAAGCUACACUGCUUCUGAGUCAAGUCGCACCUUUCAUUCACUUGUUUACACAGGCGGUCGCUUGCUACCACAAGCUGCGUGACGACAUUGAGCGCCUUUCCCUAAUCGACGGGGUUUCCGAUGAAGGCAUUCGCCUCUCCCAAGCAGAGGGUGGAUUCGAGUUCAAGGACGUCUCUUUCAUCUAUCCUUCUAGGCCAGAGAUCACUGUUCUCAACAAGAUCAACCUCUCAAUCGCCCCUAAAAAGCAUACUGCCAUUGUCGGUCUUUCCGGAAGUGGAAAGUCUACCAUCGCAGGUCUAGCCACCCGCUUGUAUGAUGUCACUGAAGGCGAGCUCACUUUCGAUGGUCAGAAUGUUCGUGAUAUCAAUACCCGUGAUUUGAGGGGAUUCCUCAGUCUUGUGCAGCAGGAGCCAUCUCUCUUGGACCGUUCUCUUCUGGAGAACAUCGCACAUGGCUUGAUGAAUUCAAGCAACCCUGCUCAUGCACAUCUGAAACCCGCACUCCUCGGAACAGACCUUAAUGAUAUCGCCACCGAAGUCAGGGACGGUCAGGACCUUGUCGCUGCAGCAGAGAAACGUGGUCCCGAAAUUGUCGAAAUUGUUCAAUUGGUCCGGAAGGCUGCCGCCCUUGCUGAUGCAGAUGGCUUCAUCGACGCUUUGCAGUACGGAUACGCCACUCUAGUUGGAUCCAGUGGUCGACUGAUUAGCGGCGGUCAAAAGCAGCGAGUCUCUCUUGCCCGUGCUCUUGUCAAGGACCCUGCCGUCCUAAUCUUGGAUGAAGCCACCGCUGCUUUGGAUUCACGAAGUGAACAGCGUAUCCAGCGGGCUAUCAACAACAUCUCAACUGGCCGCACUGUCAUCACAAUCGCCCAUCGUCUCUCGACUAUCACCAACGCGGACAAGAUUGUCUGCAUGCACAAAGGUGAUAUCUUGGAGGAGGGUACUCACGCAGAAUUGAUGGCUGCGAAUGGUCCUUACUCUGAGCUGGUCAAAUUGCAGACUCUUGGGGCUGCAGCUUCAUCCAACAAGAUUGAUACCACUGCCAGCAUUGCGAGCAAGUCUGAUGAUACCUCUAUCACAGAAGCGGACAACGAGAAAGGCGAUCUUUCAAAUGACCUGGGGUCUGCUAAAGAAGCCCGUGUGUCCACCACUGAGGCACCAGCCGAUGUCUCCUCGGAAGAGGGAGGAGAAGAGGAAGACGAACCCGAGACUCCACCCAAAACACUGUGGGAUCUUUGCAAGGGUUAUGCACCAGCUCUUAGACCCCAUUUCUUCGUCAUCUUUGCCGCACUUUUCGGUGCCAGCAUGGUCGGUGGAGCCUUCUCUGGCGAAGCUGUCAUUUUCGGAAACACCGUCGGAAGUUUGAACCCUUGUCACAGCGCUGCCAGUAUCAGCAGUCGCGGUAACUUCUACGGUCUGAUGUUCUUCGUCCUUGCUCUUAUCGAGUUCUUCGCAAACGUUGUCAGCUGGGGAGGAUUCGGCCUCGUCUCCGAGAAAAUAGUCUACAAAGUGCGCGUCCUCUCAUUCCGUUCUCUGUUUGAGCAAGAUCUACAGUGGCAUCAAUCCAAGGGCCGAUCGCCCUCCCAGCUUCUCUCCUAUAUUACCAGAGACGGCAACGCGCUUGCCGGUCUGAGCGGAUCUGUCAUUGGAACCCUGUUCUCCAUUACCAUUAACCUCAUCGCCGCCAUCAUCCUGACCCAUAUCGUUGCAUGGAGGGUUGCAUUGGUCUGCCUUGCCCUUGUUCCCCUUCUUCUUGGUGCCGGUUUGAUGGAGCUGACGGUCCUUGGAAAAUUCGAGGAGCGUCACGAAAACGCCUACACCAAGUCCGUCGACAUUGGCGUGGAGGCUGUUACCUCUAUCAAGACGAUCGCUUCUCUCUCUCUGGAAGAGAACACUUUGCAAACAUAUCGACGAUCCCUAAAGGGCCCUCGCAAGGAGACAUUCAUAGUCACCGUGCAGGCAAGCUUCUGGCAAGCAAUGACCUACUUCCUCGGCAACAUGGUGAAUGCCCUGGCAUACUGGUGGGGUUCUAAGCAGAUCAUCAACGGCAACUACACCCAGACUCAAUUCCUGAUUGUUGUUUUCUCCCUUCUAGUCAGUGCCUUGCUUUGGAGUCAAAUGUUUGCGCUUGCACCCGAGCUUUCUGCUGCGCGGGAUCUCGAGGCAAUUGAAGAGAAACCCUCAUAUGACUCCGGCAACUCGGCCUCGGCCGUGCAGCUGCGCAAUGUCCACUUCUGCUAUCCUGCCAGGCCGGACAUGAAAGUGUUGAAGGGCUUGGAUAUUGAUAUCCGCCCCGGCAAGUUCUGUGCCCUGGUUGGGCCUAGUGGUGCCGGUAAAUCGACCAUCAUCUCCCUGGUCGAACGCCUCUACACCCCUGAAUCCGGUUCUGUCAUCAUCGAUGGUGUCGACGUGACCAAGACAUCGGAUGUGACUUUCCGCGACUGGAUUUCCCUUGUGCCGCAGGACAGCGUCCUCUUCGAGGGAAGCAUUGAGUUCAACGUUGGUCUUGGUGCCCGUCCUGGUCACAAUGUGACCCUCGAAGAAAUUCAAGAGGCUUGCAAGCUCGCUAACAUCCACGAUGUUAUCACUGCACUGCCAAAUGGCUACCAGACUCUCUGCGGACCUAGCGGUAACCAGUUCUCUGGAGGUCAGAAGCAGAGAUUGUCCAUUGCUCGUGCUCUUGUUCGCAAGCCUAAGCUUUUGAUUCUUGAUGAGUCCACUAGUGCCUUGGAUGCGGAGUCUGAGAAGCUCCUGCAGGAUGGCCUGGAAAAGGCUGCUCGUGGAAUCACCGUCAUUGCUAUUGCCCACCGUCUUCAUACUAUCAGGAAAGCGGAUGUGAUUUUCUUGAUUGAUGGUGGUGUGUGCACUGAUGCUGGCUCUCAUGAAGAAUUGCUCGAGAGGUCGGACAGCUACCGGGCAAAUGUCAUGCACCAGACUGUGGCGACUUGA